AGCUCUCUAAUGGCUCAAGCUCUAGCCCAACCACUCGUUUUGCUUUGACCAUUUGUCGGAGCUCCUGCGGUAGUCUCACGGCGGAUCGCCGGAUCGUCUAUAGUUGGAAUCAGGAUCUUAGAGUCACCGUCCCAACUCCUCUCUCUCUCUCUCCCCCACUCUACCACUCUAGGUACUAGACUUGCAGCCCGAACUCUUGAUACUAAGCUCACUGACCCGGAGUCCGCAAUCCAGACCUUGCUAAUGGCCCACCUUCCAAGACCGACUCUCUCGCUCUUCCUCGUACUCUCCUUACAAAUCAUCUUCUCCGCAAUCGCUUUCGGAUCGGAUUUUCAAGAAUCAGAUGAAGAAGAAUUCUCGGAAGAGUUGCUGCUGAGACCUUUACCCGAUCGGAAAGUAUUAGCACAUUUCCAUUUCGAGAGCAGAGCUCCGCCUUCUCUCUCCGACUCCCAUGGCCGCCACCACCACCUCUUCCCCAAAGCUAUUGCUCAGCUGGUUCAGAAAUUUCGAGUCAAGGAAAUGGAAUUAUCUUUUACGCAAGGUCGAUGGAACUAUGAUCGCUGGGGUGGAUUUGACCCCAUCUCAAGCAGCAAUGCGAAGCCUCCUGGAGUGGAAUUAUGGGCUGCGUUUGAUGUCCCUCAGUAUCUGGUAGAUGCUUCUUGGAAGAAUCUAACCCACACUCUUUCGGGUCUUUUCUGUGCUUCAAUCAACUUCCUAGAGUCUUCUACCACUUAUUCUGCUCCUGAAUGGAGCUUUCAUCCUUCUUCAGGCAGUCUGAGGUAUGGCACAUUGCCCCGUGAGGCUGUUUGCACUGAGAACCUAACUCCUUGGUUGAAGCUUCUUCCAUGUCGAGACAAAGCUGGGCUUUCUGUCUUAAUGGACAGACCUUCUAUAUAUAGAGGAUUUUAUCAUUCUCAGCAGUUGCGCUUGACCUCACCUGAAUUUGAGGGCAGGCUGGAAUCAGGAAUUGUACUAAAACAAACACUUACGGUUGUUCUUCAGCCUGAUAGUCAGGGAGCUAGUAAUACUUAUUCCAGUGAAACUAAAUUACAACCAAGCUGGUCUUUGAGUUCGAUUUUUGGGAGGAAAGUCACCUCAAGGUGUGUUCUUGCCAAGUCUAGUAAUAUUUACCUUCAACUUGAGGGAGGUCUAGUAACUGAACUAGAGAAUGUGCGGAAGGAGAAUGUGAUAUCUUGGAUUGAUAAUGUGGGCUCUGAAGGUUGGAGGACCAACCCUUUCUUUGAUUUGUCUGUUAAUCCCGAUAGUGUGCUCAGAGAAGUGAAUAGCUUGCAUGGCAGUAGCUCAUCUGUUCUUUACGAAUAUUCAGUUGCAAAGUACAGUGACUCUCGGCCAUUUGAUUUAGGACUUAAAUGGAAGUCUCCUGUAGUUUGGUCGUGCCCACAAGCACCAUUACAUGCUAGCAGGUUCUUAAUGGGUAGUGGGAAUGAAAGGGGUGCUAUUGCAAUAUCCUUAAUAUCCACAGGAUUGAAUGAGCAUUUCCUGGGGGCUAAUAUUGUUGAAGGCAGUUGUAAGUUGGAAGUUGACAUUUUCCAAGUGGUGCCUUGGUAUGUUAAAGUUUAUUAUCAUACUCUACGAGUUUUUGUCAAUGGACAACCUCAGGCAGUCACUGAUGUUGUAGAGAAAAUGCGUGUUUCACCUUCUGAAGACAAAGUAUCACCUGGGGUUAUGGAGCUGGUCCUAAAAUUUCCUUGUGACGUAAAAUCAGCUGCUUUAACAUUAGAGUUUGAUAAGGGAUUUUUGCACAUUGAUGAAUAUCCUCCAGAUGCUAAUCAAGGGUUUGACAUUCCAUCAGCAAUAAUAAGCUUCCCUAAUUUUCAUGCAAGAACACAUUAUUUUGAAGAUAGCUCUUUGAAAAGGUCGCCUAUGUUGUCUAAAUUUCAGGAAAAGAGUCGUGUUCGAUCUUACUCAGAAGUCUUGCUUGUACCCUUGACAACUCCUGAUUUUAGCAUGCCUUACAAUGUGAUCACAAUUACAUGCACAGCAUUUGCAUUAUAUUUUGGAUCUUUACUCAAUGUGCUUCGAAGACGUGUUGGCGAGGAGGAAAGAUUUCUAAAAAAUAGAGCUGCCAAGAAAGCUGGUCGGCUUGCUCAGCUGCUAUCCAUGUUGUCUGCCAAGAUUAGAGGAAAAAAAUGGGAACAUCCCCAGUCACCAUCGGCUUCAUCAUCAUUCAUCAGCUUGAAACUUAUAGUUAAAGUUGUGUUAGUGACUGGGAUUGCCAUUGCUUGGCAAUAUUAUUCCCAAUGAUGACAUUGGUAACCAACUAGAUACUUCCAUGUACAAUACCUGCAUUUGAGUUUAGUGUACAACAAUUCCAAAACUAACACCCAGAUUUUUAGGAGUGGGUUAUACGCAGUUUUUUGAAAAACUCACAUUGAAUGAAUUGGUUCAUAUGGAAA